CAUGGAGGGAGAGAGGGUUUGCUUGUAGACUUUCACAAGCAGGCAGACAAAGCGAUCUGUCGAAGAUCAAGCAUUGUGAGCUUGGAAUCAGCCUUACAGCAAGUUUCAAAUAACUUCUCUCGGGUUCCGGGGCAAGACGAGAUCUUGGGAGAUAUCCGAUGAUGAAGUCCGAAGUGAGUCGCACGUAAUUUGGUAGUCGAGGAAACAUCUAUAUGAAUCGUAGGUAUUCUUGUGGGAUGCUUCAAAGCAGACGUACAGGAACACCCACCAAUCUGACGCGACUAUCUUGUCUUAUAAAACAUGGAGUCCAAGAAGGAUAUUCAGCUUGUAGACGCAUUAAUCAUCGGAGGUGGCGUAUCAGGAGUUGCCGCAGCACUCACCCUGGCGCGACAGCAACAUACGGCAGUAGUGCUGGAUUCAGAGGACUACCGCAAUGCACCAAGUCCCUACAUGCAUAACGUGCUCACCUGGGAUCAUCAUGACCCGAAAGAAUUCCGCUCAGCAGCGAAAGCGAACAUCCUAACGAACUACACGACAAUUCAAUUUGAAAAGGCUGAAGUGACUACUAUCCAGGAAGUCGACGAAGCCAAUCCACGCUACUUCAUUGCUACUGAUAAGCAAGGGAAGACUUGGACGGGCAGGAAAUUAAUCCUUGCCGUUGGUGUGCGUGACGAAUUCCCUGAUAUUCCCGGCUAUAUCGAUUGCUGGGCCAAAGGAAUUUACCACUGCUUCUUCUGCAAGGGUUACGAGGCCAAGGGUGCUGCAUCGGCCGGGCUCCUUGCUCUCCCCGACUUGGCGAGUGUUCCCGCAGCACUCCACGCGGCCCGCACAGCCCUACGGUUCGCGGGAAAGGUGAACAUCUAUACCCACGGCAAUAACACGCUAUACAAAGCCUUGGUUGAAGCACAGGGGAAAAACCAGUUGUUCCAGGUAGACAACCGCAAGAUACUUCAUUUCGAAAAGGGACCGGGUUUCGCCGAUGUGAUUGUCCACUUCGAAGGUGGCGAAAGCGUUACCGAAGGCUUCGUUGGCCAUAAGCCCCCGACAGUGCCAAAGGGCGACUUCCACGUGCAGCUCGGGUUGGAAAUGAAUGCCAUGUCAGAUCCUGUCACGAAACCCAUGUUCCUCGAGACGACAAGGAAGGGUGUCUUCGCCUGUGGAGACUCUGCCUCCCCCAUCAAGAUCAUCCCGCAGGCAGCUUUUGCAGGGUCGGCAGCGGCAGCAGCGGUCUGCGCGCAGAUACAGGCGGAGGAUGCCGGGCAGGCGUGCGUGUUCUAGACCCUAUAGUACGAAUAGGUAGAAGCAAGUCAAUAAUAUUAGGAUUCAACCAAUCGCAUUCAUCGCCAGCGAGGCUGUACUAUAAUACGGCGUAUUUUUUUCGGCAUUCGAGCUUCGGCAUCCGAGCUUCGGCAUCCGACCAAAUGUGUAGCAUCUGUUACAGAACAUUCCAGCCAGCAAAAUGCAUGAGAGUCAACAAAGUCAGCCCCCGUGAUAUGCGAUACUACGA